AUGUCGCUGCUUACAGACAAAGACUUUGUGGAAGGUUUACCUAGUGCCUUGGACCUGUUUACUAUGCCCCCAUACCAAACGAGCGUGUUUCAACAUUAUUACGUCGAUGUUAGACCAGUCAGUCAAAUUACAGAUUCGUCACCAGUAGAAUUGCAAAUUGCAAAUAGUGGAAGCGACUACGUGGAUUUGAAACGAAGUCGUUUGCAUGUUAAACUGAAAGUGAGUCCUUCCGAGGGUACUGAUCUGGCAAAAGAUGAACACGUGGCAUCAGUAAAUCUAUUUAUGCAAGCUCUGUGGUCGCAAGUCGCUGUGUAUUUACAAGGACAGCUGGUGAGUUCGGCAAACAAUCAUUAUCCCUACAAAGCAUACAUUCAAACCUUAUUGAAUUACAGAGCAGACACUAAACAAUCACAACUUCAGUCUCAGUUGUUCUACAAGAAUCAAGGGGAGACACAAGCAGACAUAGAAACUGCAACCAACGGUGGAUUGUCCGACAGAGGAGUGUUCAUUGCAGACAGCAAAACGGUUUCCAUGGAAGGUCCCCUGUGUGAAGAUAUCUUUAAUGUGGGAAGAUACCUGGUGAAUGGUGUGGAUAUGACAAUUAAGUUAUUUAGGAGCUCCAUCCCCUUUUGUUUGAUGCCUGGGAAGUCGGUUCAAGAGUACAAGAUCGAACUGUUAGAUAUUUACUUCAAGAUAUGUAAACUAAAAAUGAACAGUGCACUUAUUUUAACGCACAACAAGUUGUUUGAAAAGUCUAACUCCUUGUACCCGUUCACUAAAACCGAAGUUAAAAUGAGCAGCAUCUCCUCUUCUCAACAGAGUUACGUUUGGGAUAGUGUCUUUCAGUCACAAUGUCCGAACAGACUGAUUGUUGUGUUUGUUGACGGUGACGGAGUGAACGGAUCAUACACUAAGAACCCGUUUAACUUCCAGAGUUCAUUUGUGAAAACGGUGGGGAUAUAUUUGGACGGUCUCAGUGUGCCCAAUCAACCCAUCGAAGCGAAUGACGUCAGUGCGUACGUGAAUUUAUUCGAAGGUGUUAAUAGAUGGAGCCUGGAUUGUGGAAAUUAUAUUGAAAGAACUGAAUUUUCUUUGGGAAAUGCCCUGUUUGUGUUCAACCUUGAACCUGUUUUCGUGGACUGA